AAAAUGGGAUGUAACAAAAGAGGCAGAAGCGUAUUUAUCAUACAUCAUACUCUUCGAUGCUAUCAACUUAUCAAGUAUCGAUCAAAACACUGAGCUUUUCAUUCAGAAGCUUCAAUUCUUAUUCGCAUUAUUACUCUGCAGCAUUUAUACUCUAGCAUUUGGAUUUUAUCCUCGAGCGCUCAAACAACACAAACUGCAGUGUGACAGAAAGAGACAGUACGCUGGGCGAGUCUCUCAUCACCUCCAUAUGGCCUAAGACUAGAAAAUCUCUCAAAGCCUCACUCCAGUUCCACUCCUUUCUUCUCUUUCCCCUUUCCUUCAUCCAAUCCUUUCUAAUUCCUCCUUUAGACAAUCUCAAACUGACCCCUUAUCCUCAUUUAAAAAGACAGAGAGCAGAAAUGCCUGGACUCACCGCACCUUCAGAUUAUUCUAAAGAGCCUCCUCGUCACCCUUGUCUAAAAAUUAACUCCAAGGAACCUUUCAAUGCGGAGCCACCACGUUCUGCACUGACAUGCUCAUAUGUCACUCCUUCAGAUUUCUUUUACAAGAGAAACCAUGGCCCAAUUCCCAUAGUUGAAGAUAUUGAAAGAUACUCCGUAAUGGUAUCAGGUUUGGUGGAAAAGCCCAAACAGCUUUUCAUGAAAGAUAUCAGGAUGCUGCCCAAGUAUAAUGUCACUGCCACAUUACAGUGUGCGGGAAAUAGGAGGACUGCCAUGAGCAAGACCAGAACUGUCAAAGGGGUUGGCUGGGAUGUUUCUGCCAUUGGAAAUGCUGUUUGGGGAGGUGCCAAGUUGUCUGAUGUUCUUGAACUAGUUGGAAUACCAAAGUUGACCAGUAAUACUCAAUUUGGUGGAAAACAUGUUGAGUUUGUUAGUGUUGAUAAGUGUAAGGAGGAGAAAGGAGGUCCUUACAAGGCAUCAAUUCCUCUCAGUCAGGCAACAAAUCCUGAAGCAGAUGUUCUACUUGCUUAUGAAAUGAAUGGAGAAACUCUUAACAGGGACCAUGGGUAUCCAUUACGUGUGGUUGUGCCUGGCGUCAUCGGAGCUCGAUCUGUUAAAUGGCUGGAAGAUAUCAAUAUUAUUGAAGAAGAAUGCCAGGGCUUCUUCAUGCAGAAAGACUACAAAAUGUUUCCACCAUCAGUGGAUUGGGAUAAUAUUAAUUGGUCAACCAGGAGGCCCCAAAUGGAUUUCCCUGUUCAGUGUGCUAUAUGUUCUCUAGAAGAUGUGAGCACAAUAAAGCCUGGGAAGGUAAAAAUUAGUGGGUAUGCAGCAUCAGGUGGUGGCAGAGGCAUUGAGAGAGUCGAUGUUUCUGUUGAUGGAGGCAAAACCUGGAUUGAAGCCUCAAGAUGUCAGAAAAGUGGUGUCCAAUACAUAGCGGAUGGCUUCAACAGUGACAAAUGGGCAUGGGUGCUAUUUGAGGUCACAGCUGAUAUUCGUCAGAGCACCGAGAUUGUUGCAAAAGCGAUAGAUUCAGCUGCAAAUAUCCAACCUGAAAAGGUUGAAGACAUUUGGAACUUGAGAGGAAUAUUAAACACUUCAUGGCAUAGGGUGAAAGUUCAAGCCAGUCACUCAAACUUAUAAAGUAAAAAAAAAAAAAAAAAAAAUCUUGUCACUAUGCAGCCUUGUUUUUUUUCUUUUGGCCUUCCUUCUCUCCCAACUACAAUAAUGCUUGAAGCUUCUUACUUCACAGCCAAAACUGAACACAUUUUAGUCAUGAUUUGAUAAAGGUCCUUGUGUCUAAGGAGAACGAGUAAUAACUAAAUGCUUACAUUUCUCUAGGAUUGUCAAAAUCUUGGUUUCUUUGAGUAAUUAUACUGUGUUUUUUUUU